CUAUCUCCUUGAGUGUGCUUGUCACCUGUUCAUGCAAACAAUGACAAUGCCUUUCUUAAAAAAAGUGAAAUAAAUAAAUAAUUUUUUAUGAUGAAGAACAAGGAUGUCGUUGCAAUCCAAAAAAAAUACACCAAAAGGUCUAGCUCGAUGUAAAUCCCUACACAACUAGGUGUCGUGAUAAAUUCACUCUAAGUGAAACUAGGACUGUUAGAUGUGACGCAUUUAUAAAGGACAAAGAAACCUUUGGUUAUUAUCAGGACCAUUAUGGGUAAUUCUUGUAAUGAGUCAUCAGGAAAUUGUUUAUUAAGAGCCUACAACAACGCACAAGAUUAGACCUAGCAUGCAUUGUUGGGUGUUAGAAUGAAUCAAUUUAUGUAAAAAGGUACUAUUUUUCUGGAAGUGCUUAAGACGAACAGAAACCUCUCAAGUACAAUGGCCAACCAGUUAGAGUUAGAGAUGAGGGAAGAAGAGAGAAGAGAGGAAAGAAGAAGUGAGAAGAUGAGAAAAGAAAGAGAAAAAAAAAAGAACCUAGUACACAAGGCUCUAGCUAUUGCGGGGUCUGGGGGGCAAGUUGCACGCAGCCUUACCCUUGCUUCGCAGAAGAUGCUAUUUCCAAGUUUUUAACCUAUGACCAACAUGUUAUAAUAGUGCAACUUAACCUUUGUGCCACUGGCUCGCCCACUAUAAGGAAUAAGCUCUUCCCACCUACAUUAGGUUCAAGCCAUAUUAGGGAAAUUACAUAUGCCUCCCUAGGGAGGCAAAAGAGAAAGAGAGAAAAAGAGAAAAUACAACUUAGGACAACAUAAUAGUAAAGCAGUUCCUAAAGUACCCCUAUUACAUAACUCUAACACUCCCCAUCAAGCUAGAGAAUAAAUGCCGUACAGUCCUAGCUUGCAUAAGAGGGUACUCAAUUGGUAAGGAAUGAGUCCUAUGGCGAAGAUGUCGGUCAAUAAAGGGUGUGCAGAUGUUUCCGGAAUCAAUCUUCGCUUUGAUGAAAUGUCGAUCUAGUUCGAUGUGCUUUGUCUACUCAUGUUGUGUUGGGUUAUGGGCAAUGCUUAUGGUUGCUUUUUUAUCACAGUAGAGCUACAUAGGUCCUUCGAUGUCAUAUCCCAACUCAAGACCCAACCGUCUCAACCAUGUGAGUUCGUAAAUUCCAUGAGACAUUGCCUUGCAUCUAUGAUGAAUGAGUACAAGAAUUCAUUGCCUUGAACACUCAGACCAUUUCUGUUGAUAAAUGCUUCCUAAGAGACCUGACACUCUAGAAUAAGCACAUGCAUUAUCAUGUACCCAUCUCCCCAAGAUAGACAUUUGAAGAUUAACAAUGAAAUUUCAACUAAGCAAAACAAGUAGAAAGAAACUUUGGUCAUUCCAAAAUUUAAGUACUUUUUGAGCUGCCUUAUCCUUAACUCAUUGGAAGUUGACUUGAAAAUGUUUGAUGCUGAAGUGAAAUAGAGGUUUUAAAUGAGAUGAGAAGCCUAGUGUUUUCCAUCAUACUGUAGGAACAUGAACCAUGUAAAUACCCAACUCCUUAUGAAGAUAGUACUUUGUAGAACCUCACCUUAGCAGUUGUAUUGGUGAGAAUCUUCUACUCUGACUUAGUGGGCAAUCAUGCAACAGUCUGUUUUCUAGAAAUAUCCAUGAAAGGAGAUAGAUUAUUGUUGAGACAUACCUUUGUCAAUGAUGGAGGGCCGGUGGGGAAGGGAAGAAAUCCCUGAGAUGGGUCUCAGAGUUGUAGGGGAGGGAGAAGAUUCGCAUUAAGAAAGUGAGGUAGGAAGAAUGGCACACGCCCGCAGGCUUCAUAAACACUCAACUCAAUUCAUAUUUUCUAUUCUCUGAUUUGUCCCAUGGUUACAACCAUUAUAUAGGGAAAAUAAGGACAUAAAAAUGGAAAUCAACUGAAAUAGGAAACUACCAUAAUUAAGCAAACCAACUCUACUAAGACUUUCUAAAUUGUAUGUGAACCCAACUUGCUAAAAUAAAGUGAAUAAAUCAAAUAAAAGCCAAUAUUCCUAAAUAAAAUAAAUUUCUAAAUCCUACUAGACUAAGGACGCAAUAUGGAUCUGGUUCAUCUUUGUCUGGAUACCCAGAUGGGUAUGGAUUGCUCCACGGUUGCAUAUUUGCAUCAGUCAAUGUAUUGGCAUAUGGAGACCAGCCCAAUUUGCAUUUUAAAAGGUGUGAAGUUGGAAUGAUGAAGUUCUUAUAAAUAGACAAAAGCGAAACUUUGCUUUAUAUGGCGGCAUUCAUUUCUCUCUUAUUAUGCUUAAAAUGAGUUUAUGUGAACAUUUACUGGUUCAAAAAAACGUAUAUUGGGCUUGCCAAGUUUAGAUAUUGCAAGCCCCCAACAUUGAAAGUGACAUCAACAAGUAGGUAACCGUUGAACUUGGAGGACUCGUUGGAGGAUGAGAUCAGAGCUGAGACAUGUUUUGAGCAAUUAGUCUUUGUCUGACGAAGGUUAUCCAAAAAAUUUCACUGAUAUGAGCAUUGUUGCUGACAAUGUUAAAGCUCUAAGAAACAUGGGCGUUAAUUCUGAAAAACAAUGUGAUUGUUGAAUAUCAUUGGUGAGAAACUCAGUUCUCAAAUUAUAAAGUAGCGAAUACUUGAUACAAGGCUAAACUAUGCAUGUCUUUCUUCACCACUUCUCCAAGAGGUAGUUGUUGGGAAAGAUACAAAGCCAUCUUGGGAGACAGGUUGAUUGAUUGGAGAUCUAUUGAAAGUGGCACGGUUGAUGCCUUUGCCUUAAGAAAACAAUGUCUCUACAUAAUCUUGAGUUGGGGUCCUUCCGUUCUGAGAUAUGAUGGUAUGGUUAAUCAUGAGUCAACUUUUUGUUAUUCAUUAUCCUCUGUUGGAAGGGAUUAUUCCAGAUUGCAUUUAUCACAAGGAGUACGCCCACAUGUUAUAACGAGAACACCGAAAAAACCAAAUUCAGCUCCAAGUAAGAUAGCCCAGUUGAGCAAUUGGCAUGAUGUAUUUGCUCACAUUCUGCAAUGUUUUCUUGCUGGGGCGCGCUAGCGCGCUCAUGGAGUUGAUUCUUUGCUGUCUUGUCCCAUGGUGGCAAUCCUACUUCCAGUCAGCUGGUUCCCCGAUGGCAUAAUUCCAACCAAGAAGAAAAUGCUACCUCCCAAACUCAUCAAGAAGAACGAAACAAUAUGUGGUCACAAGUCCAGCAUUCAACUGAAACAGUGCAGAUACAUUCUGGAUCUGGUGCUGAGAACCAGCAGCAGCAAAUUGUCAGCUCACAGGGACACAGUGAACUCCCUAUGCAGCGGAAACAAUCAAAUGAUGAUCAGCAACAGUUGCAGGUGGAGCAAAACUCCCUCCAGAUGUCUCAGAAAAAUGGAGCCCAAAUUUCUGAACAAAGUCCUGGUCACUUACCAGAAAAGGAGAGAUUGCCGGUGGCAGACAGCCAAAAUCAAUAUCCAAAAUUACAAAAGAUGAACAAUCAACUAACAACUGCUGCAGACCAAGCAAGUAACCCAGUUUUUCGUGGUAAACUACCAUUUGCUAUGUUUCUCCCAGUGAUGGAGGCGAACCUUGAUAAAGACAGAGCUAUGCAGCUUCGUACAAUUUUUGCUAAAUUGAGGAAAAAUGAAAUCAACAAAGAGGACUUUGUCCGGCAUAUGAGGAAUAUUGCAGGGGAUAAUAUGGUCAAACAGGCCGUGGCGAAAGUUCAGAUGCAGACAGGACCCUACCAAUUUCAGUUACAGUCUCAAGCUUCUUUGCAGCACCAGAAUCAGCCUCCACAGCAACAGCAGCAGCAACCCAAAAUGCCGAAUGUUCAACAGUUCAGUGAUCCACAAUCAUUUACUCAACUUCAUCAAAAGGGACCUCCUACUGACCGGUCUCAGAUUCCAACUUCAACAGCUCAAGGGCAAAAUGAUUCAAACUUUCCUACCACAGAGAAGAGCUCUCAGAAGUCCAGAGAGACGGAACAUCAGUUAGAUUCACCAGGAAUGCAUUUGAGCCAAUCAUCUUCUGCUAGUGUGAGCAUGGUCAAUCAGGAAAAAGGACUCUCCCCCAUUCAAAUCCAAGGGAUUAACAAGCAGCAGCAGCAGCUGCAGCAUUUGCCCUUUCCUCACACAUCAUUCCCAAUGUAUGCAACCAUGGUUGGCAAUUAUUCUCCGCAUUCAUGUUCUGGGCCACCUAUCAGUGGUGCAACAACUUCCCGUAAAUCGCAAACUCAAGAUUCUCAAAUGAGACAAGUUCCGCUUCAUCAAGGCAUGGUUUCAAAUCAGUUGGGAGGGGCAACUCAGCCCAUGAACAUGAUGAUUAUGCCUAAAUAUGAGAUGCAAAACUCUCUUACUGAGCCCAAGAGAUUGCAAGGUGGAACUCACUUGGCAAGCCAUUCAACAAUGGAGCAAAAUCCAGCUCAGAGGCAAUCAUCAGUGAGUGAAGAGCAAAAAGGUGGCGCUUUGUCAUUGAUGGUUUAUGUGAAGCAGGAAUUACUUGAUCAGACUGCUGAGCAGCAGCAAAUGCCCCAAUUGUCAGAUUCCCAAGGUUCAUCUUCGUUAGGUCCUGUACAGGUUGACCAAGAGGAAACCACAGAAAAGCAGGUGGCUAGAAUUCCUUUCUCAACAUCUGCAAAUGCAGCAGUGCCUACAAAUUUAGCUUCUGGUUCCGUAGCAACACCAAUGGAUGCUACUUUGCCGAUGCGCCCUCAAAUCCCAUCUGCAGCCACCCCAGUUGGGGCUGGAAUGAAUAUGAAGACACCUCCAAAGAGAGCUUCUAUCAGCCAAAAGAGACCAGUCGAAGCAGUUGGCACUCCAUCCCCUUUGUCUAGUAAAAAACAAAAGGUUACUGGAGCUUUUCUGGAUCAAAGCAUCGAACAACUCAAUGAUGUUACUGCUGUCAGUGGAGUUAAUUUGAGGGAAGAGGAGGAGCAGCUAUUAUCUGCACCUAAAGAGGAAAGUAGGGCUUCAGAAGCUACUCGGAGGGUCGUGCAAGAAGAAGAAGAAAGACUGAUACUGCAGAAAAUACCCCUUCAAAAGAAAUUAGCACAACUCAUGUCCAAAAGUGGCAUAAAGAGUGUAAGUAAUGACGUGGAGCGUUGCCUGUCAUUGUGUGUAGAGGAGAGAAUGUGCAGUUUGAUAAGUAAUCUGAUCAGACUAUCAAAACAGAGGGUUGAUAUUGAAAGGCCACGACAUCAUACUAUUAUUUCCUCUGAUGUUCGGCAUCAAAUUUUAAUGAUGAACCGAAAAGCCAAAGAAGAGUGGGAGAAAAAACAGGCUGAAGAAGCUGAACAGCAACGGAAACUUAAUGAAGCAGGGGGAAACAUUGGUGUUGAUGGUGACAAGGACAACGAUGAAGCUCGUACAAAGACGCUCAAGGCAAACAAGGAGGAAGACGAUAAAAUGCGAACGACUGCAGCCAAUUUUGCUGCCCGAGCAGCAGUUGGAGGGGAUGAUAUGCUAUCAAAAUGGCAACUCAUGGCAGAACAAGCCCGACAAAAGCGUGAAGGAGGAGCAGAUGGGGCAUCCAUUGUGCAGACUGGUAGAGAGCUGAGCCGCAAGGCCUUGUCAACCAUGGGACAAACCACUACGGACAAUCAAGAAGUUGAAAACAGAGGCCUUUCUGCUGCAGCAGCAUCUGGGCCUGCAAGGAAAUUUGGCAGGAACUCUGUUGUCAUGCCACAGUCAAAGGUUGCACGGACCAUUUCUGUCAAGGAUGUAAUUGCAGUCCUGGAGAGGGAGCCCCAGAUGUCAAAGUCAACUUUAAUGUAUCGUUUGUAUGAGAAAAUUUGUGCUGAUGCUGCGGCAAAUGAUCGAAGGUGAAAUACGGGGCAAGGGGCUCUCAUGUUAGCAUUUUUUUCAGAACCACCUUCGUGAAUCUGGAGAGUAUCAGGUACAACUGCAGUAGGCUAUUCUUUGGUCUUUCAUAUAUGCUAUAUGUAGCCAACUCUGAAGGAGACUACUCUCUGCAUUCACUAUCACCGGCGUCUAUUUGGAAUCAUAGCAUCCUAAAUAAAACCCUAGGAUUGCCCUCAUUCUGAUUACAAAGGCAGGUAAGUGGUCUUCUAAUUCAAAAGAGAAAAAAAAAAGGGUUGGCUGUAUCAUAAGGAUUGUAAAAUAAUGUUUAUAUGAUUAUUUGUUUUGGCAACAUUGAGUUUUUUACAGGCUCCAUUUAUCAGACGAGAAAGAGUGGUUGUGGAGAAAAGAUAUGUGAAGUGCACAAAUGCGAGAUCAAAUUGAA